AUGGCUGCUUUGAUGACUCGGUCGGUUGUAGAUCUUACGCAUUGGAUAAUUCCGCAGGUCAAUUCCCGGCUCUCUGACGCGCAGCACGGCUUCCGUAAGGGUCGAAACACGGAGAUUAUAAAAAAUAGUGACGACUGCUUGCGAUUGCAACGGGACAUCGACAGCGUGUUGCAAUGGAGUAAGGACAACAAGUUGUUCUUCAACGUGAACAAGUGCUGUGUGAUAUCGUAUAGCCGCGCGCGUGCGCCACUGCACCACCCCUACGUGCUGGAUACGAGCCUCGUCCCGCGCGUAUCCCACGUCCGUGAUUUGGGAGUCGAGAUGGUCGAGGAAUUGAACUUCCGAAACCACAUUGCGAAUAUCUGUAGGAAAUCGUUUAGAAAUCUCGGUUUUAUUAUUAGGCAAUGUAAGAAUUUUGAAAAUGCGCUGGUAAUAAAAGUUUUAUAUAACGCAUUAGUUAGGAGUCAUCUAGAAACGAGUAGUUCCAUUUGGAGUCCCCAUGAAAAAAAAUACACUCUGAUGGUAGAAAGAAUUCAAAAUAAGUUUACGCGGUUCCUGUAUUACAAGCAGUACGGAGUUUAUCCUUGCUUCCCGUUAAUGUAUCCGAGUUUAUUUGUGAAUGGUAUGGUCGGAUACAGCACGUUGCGAGUGCGUCGGGACGUGGCCCUCGUGCGCAGCGUGUGGCGCGUCCUGCGCGGCGCGGUAUGCCGGCCAGCCGUGCUAGCAGCGCUGCGCCUGCGUGUCCCUGACUGCGUGGUUCAGGUGCGCCGCCGCCCGCCAUUGUUUCUCGAGCCCACCGCUAGGACGAAUCUAUUGGAAAAUGCUCCUAUAGUGCGGGCUAUACGGCUUCUUAAUAUCGUAUCUAGGGAUAUAGAUAUAUUUAGUUGCAGCGAGCCGAAAUUCACAGAGGCUGCCUACAGAUGUGUGGAAGACGUUUGA